AUUUAAGAUGGCUGCCUCCAUGUGAACUUUGUGGAAACGUGCAAGUUUGAUCAUUUGACUGUUUCCGACUUUCCUGUGCACCUAGUCUUCUAUUUAUGAGGUCAACUAAUCCCGUAAAGCAGGAACUUUAUUCUCGACCUGUCACCGGCGAUUGCAAAACGUUUACGAACUUGUAACACUUGUGUUUUGAUUUAUUCGUGGAAUAAUGGAGGCGCAUAUCUGCAGACUACAUUCUCUUGUGAAGCUGCCCCGUACAGUAAUAACUCAAAUUCGUCAUUAUAAACCACGUAAAAUAGAAGAAAUCCGCACGAGAAAAAUACGAAAUCCGAGUGUAUCCCAGAUGAACGCCAGAAUAAUUGGUGUUGAGGAAAAACGUGAAAAAACCAUAUUAGAUGAACCACCUUUACACCCAAAAAAUGCUCCAUUGGAAGAGAGACCAAACUAUAAUGAAGAGCCGUGUUAUACAUAUCACAGUAAAAUAAGAGUUUUGGAAGGUGCUAAGCAAGCACUGUGGCUGACCAAGUCUAAGAUGAUGGCAGAGGAGAUGCCGGAAAGACUGCAACUGUUGGCUGACAUUGUGGAUAUGCCAAAUAUGGAAGAUGAAGUUUUGCGAUCUGUUAAGAAGUGUCGCAUAUUUGAUGAUCCAAAAUCAUUUAAAAUACAUCCAGAAAGAUUCAGUUUCACUCAGUUGAUGGCUUUCCUACACCUGUGUACCAAGAUAACGCCGCAAUAUCCCAAGUUACUACAACGGAGCAUUGGGCAGGACUACCACCUAAGUGCACCGUUUCAACGAGGUAAAGAUCGUAUCAAGAUUAGAGGAAGAUCAGGUUCAAUUAUCACAUCCAAAUAUCCUCUGUUGCCAUUAGCAACAGAUGAAGAAAUCCAAGAUACAGCAUCAUUUGAGUUGGAGUCAUUGCAUCCCAUAGCAGGCACGAUAGAUUUGUUACCUUCAAAUCUUUACAAAUGGGAUAAAAAUUCAACAGGUUUUUUCGAUGGUUAUCCUUAUCCACAUGCCAAUUUAUUAUUGGUAUUGAAUAAAAACAGUUGGAUGCCACAGCAUUUAGACGCUCAACUGAUCUUCUAUGCUUUCGCUAACUGUCUUGUCAGAGCUAACAAACAGUAUGGAGUCCAUAGCGAAGUUGAAAAGUUGGACAGUCCUUUUGUGACCCAUGCUAUCGGUACUAAUGGUAGAAGGUGGUCAUUUGUGAGUUUUCAACUGAAUACAACAAGUCUAUCUUCCAACGAUGGAAUCAAGAACAUGGUGUGGUUGGACAGUAAUUGUUUUCUCUACCAAACAAUCACAAAAAAAACUCUAGAAGUCGAUACACUGGAUGUGAAUGUUUUCAGAAAACUUCUUGCAUGUUAUGUUGACGGAGCUGUCUGAAUCUAGUUCUUGUCAGUUUAGUUGUGGCGUGAAAAUAACAAGAAUCUUGUAAAUAUGUUCCCACGCUCCUUGUUUUUGGGGAGCAUCUGCUAGUGUUCCCAAGAAGUAAAUUUGGUGACAUGAAAUAUUUUGAUUUCUGCUUAAAACCAACUCAGAUUAUGUGUAUUUGAAUAGAAAAUGCAUGAAAUUAUCUGAGCUGUUAAAUGUUUUGAGAAACUUGUGUCGGCAAAAUAGGAUUUAACAAAACACAGUCCGUGAGAUUUUGUAAUCAUUUUAUCAACAAUAAACGUGAGCU